UCUCGCUCGCUCGCCGCCGCUGCCGCCGCCGCCGCCGUCGCUACCCCCUUCUCUGCGCCUCCCAUGCGUGCGCUCUUGCCCCGCGCGGCCUCGCUCCUCCGCGUCGCCGCCGCCGCGGGGCCGGCGUCGAGGCCUCCUUGCCCCGCGCUGCACUGCCUCCGCGACGCCGUCUGCGGCGGCAAGCUGCUGGUCUUGGAGGACCUGGAGGUUCCUAGCCACAAGGCAAAGAACAUUGUGAACUAUAUAAGUCAAAUGGACAACACAGAGAAGGUGAUGUUGGUUGAUGGAGGUGAUAUCGAUAAAAAGUUAAAGCUGGCUACUCAAAAUCUCCAUUACGUGAAUGUGCUUCCUUCAAUUGGCCUCAAAGUUUACAGUAUCCUCCAGCAUGACACCCUUAUAAUGACUCGAGAUGUUGUGCAUAGGAUUGUUGAGAGGAUGCAUACCCCCAUCAACCGCUAGCACUGCGGAUGGAGGACUCAAUUCAUGUAAUGAAAGUUAAUUCCACCAAUCUCUUGGUAAACCCUUCGUUUUGGGUGCUGAAGUGAUGGUGGCUCCAACAGUUAACCGAGAAGGAAUGCUUAUUGUUAGGAAUAGCAACUUGUAUUCUCUAGAGACCCUAGGUCAGUA